AUGUCGACAUAUGAUCUCUCUGUUGACGAUGGCUCAUUCUAUUGCCAUUCCUUUGAAGCUGACCCCUUCUCUGAUCCUUUCACACCUUUCUCAGACUCAGCCCUUGAUAUCCUCCAAACACUCUCAGACUACCAAAACACACAAACCCUAGUUGAGGAGCAGCCUCAUUCUCUUGAGCAAAGCUCCUCAAAUCUUGUUUCUUCUUCACCCCCGAGUUUCCAAUUGGAAAGUUUGAACCUCUACCAAGCAACCCAUUUAAGCUCGGUUGAAAAUGAUCCCAAUUUGGGAAAUGUGUUGGAAGAUUUCUUAGUUUUGGAAAAUUUGUUGGCGGAAAGUGAGCAAUGUCUUGUCGGUUCUGAGCAAAAUGCAUGCGACACCCAAGUUUCCCAACAAGCUUUUGCUCCUCAUAGUUGUAGUGGUGGUGCUGAAAAUGUGGCCGAGUAUAUGCAAAGUAGCUAUAGCAGCAACUCCUUCGAUGGACAACCUGGUUUUGUUUUCCGACCUUGCUUUGACCCUCUCCUGGAAUCCCCAAAUUUUCAAACCCAAGAAGCCUCCUUGAGCUCACCUGAGAGCAGUUACUUGACUAGUCACAUGAAGAGGGUUUCCAGCACCGAAGAUAUGCAAAACAUCGAAAUAGCUCGUGAUCCUCAAGAGAGCUCGGCCAUGGAGAUUGCUAAGAAAUUCAAGAUGACUAGGUACACUGCAGAAGAGAGGAAAGAAAGGAUUUCGAAGUACAGAUCGAGGAAAGCGCAAAGAAACUUCAACAAGACUAUUAAGUAUGCAUGCCGGAAGACAGUAGCAGACAGGCGUCCACGCAUAGGUGGACGAUUUGUAAGAUAUGGGCAAGCUGGUGAGACUCACAGACCUGCAUGUUCAACCAGAGAAGAAGACGAAGAUGAUCUGUGGAUUUAA